UUAACAAAUAAGCGUUUAAUACAACUAGUCACACCGGGCGUAACUCUAGAAGAAUUUUUUUUUUUUUUUUGAUAAAAAAAACAACAACAACAACAACAACAAAAACGCGAUUAUUUUCGAACAAUAAAACAGAAACAGACACGAGAAGGGGAAAUUGGGAAAAGAAAAUUACGCGCGCCCGGAAAAUCGAAAUGAAAACAAAAUGAAAAUCACAAAAUGAUCGACAACCUCCCCGCAUUUUGAAGUUUCGUUGCCAAUUUUUUUUUUUUUGUAAUUUUUCCAAGAAAUUUUCAAAAUUCCCACCGUGCAAGCAUCAUCAUGAUGUGGGUUAUGUAUUUGUUGUUGGCCCUGGUGAUAUUCCUUAUCUUGACGCUGAUAGUUGUGGCCAUCGUUUACAUACGCGACUAUUGGCAUUUUGUGGGGGUGCCACACGACCAGCCGCGUUCGCUGCGCGAGGUGGUGAAGACGUUCAGCAAAUAUGGCACCACCACCCAGGUGAAGGACCAGAAUGAGUAUUACCGGAAGUUGUAUAAAAAAUUCAAGGGCACGGGGCCCUUUGUGGGGUUCUAUCAUCUCUUCGAACCGCGUGUCAUGGUCCUGAGUCCGGAGCUAAUGCAGCAGAUUCUAGUCAAGAAUUUUUCCAAUUUUAAUGAUCGCGGUCAUUAUCAUAAUCGUAAGACGGAUCCCCUGUCCGCCGAUCUGUACAGCACCAGCGGAGAUCAGUGGAAGGAGAUGCGUUUGAAACUGGAACCGGUGUUCCAAAAGGCCUAUAUGUUCCAUUUUUUCGAAAGCAUACGCGAGGAGUGUGAAAAGACCUUUCUGCUAUUCGAGCUGGCUCGGCAGGACUAUCAGAAAAUAUCACCCCAAAGUGAUGUGGCCCUGGAUGUGAAGCCCUUUAUGCAUCGCUAUGUUCUGGGCAACAUAGCCAAGUGUGUGUUCGGUCUCAAUAAGUCAAUGCAUCAAAAAUAUCCCCUCGAGGAAUUCGAUGCCAUGACCCAGUUUGGGCUGCACACCCAUCGGCAUGGAGCCUUUUUGACCUCCAUCAUGGAUCGUUAUCCGAAAUUGUUUCGUUCCUUUAACUUCUCCACAACCAAAGAAAAGGUGCACAGCUAUUUCAUGAACCUCUUGAAUGAUGUCAUCACGCAUCGGGCCAAGAGCGAGGAGCAGGUCGAUGAUUAUCUGCAACUGCUUAUCGAUUUGAUGAAUCAGGAGUUCAACACCCAUGAGACGGAGGUACACAAUGAGGGCAUCGAGCUGAAGGAACAUUUGGUCAAUGAGUUGGCCGCCCAUGCCUUUAGCUUUUUGAGGGCAGGUCUGGAACCCACGGAGGAUACGUUGACGUAUAUUCUCUAUGAAUUGGCCAGGGAUCCUGUUAUGCAGCAAAGGGUACGGGAAGAAGUCACCAAGGCCUAUGAACAGCAUGGAGAAAAUUUCACCUAUGAGGGGAUACAAUCGCUGAAAUUUAUGGGGCAAUUUAUAUCAGAAACCAUUCGCCUCCAUCCCGUGGUACCCUAUGUAAUGCGUCGCACUCUCAACGACUAUUUGGUGCAAAAAGAUUCCAAUUUCCUGAUACGCAAAGAUAUUAACAUUGUCAUCCCCCUAAAUGCCAUGCACAACGAUCCAGAGUAUUAUCCCCAGCCGCAUAUUUUUAAUCCUGAACGUUUUUCGGGUGCCCCAAAUCGUCAGCGCCAAUCUUGUGUUUGGCUUGGCUUCGGAGAGGGACCUCGUAACUGCCUGGGUUUGCAUUUUGCCCAGCUACAAAUGCGUACCCUUGUCGCCAUCCUACUAAUGCGUUAUGAAUUCUCUUUGGAUACCCAAAACCUAAUUGUUUGCUGCCUAGAGGGGGUGGCUCUGAGAAUACGACCGCUACACGAACGUUCCGAGUAUGUGGAGAGUGAGGGACGAGAAUCGGCAGUUGUGAUAUGAAGAGGAGAAGAAGAAAAUAGUUUAAAUUGAUUUUAGAAGUUUUUGUUUAACGAUAAAAAUAAUAGUAUUACUUGUUAUUUAUUUCUGUUUUUUGUUUGUUAGUCAAUGUAUUCUAUGGAAUUUGUCCACUUCGUGUUUAAUUGUUAUUAGCUUUUUUUUUGUUUUAAAUGUUAAAUUUAAAUUGAUAUCAUAACAUAGCUUGGUAAGUUUACAGAACGACUGCUUUCACAGAAGAAAACCCAAAGUGCCUAAAAAUAUGCUGUACUUUUCAUUUGAUAUUUUAAAGAAAUAAAGAAAAAACAAUGUAUUUCUCCCUGGGGAGAUGCUGAAUAGAAAAAAAUUAA